UCAUUCAACAUGUAGAGCUGGGGAGAAGCUGGUUUAGAUCAACCAAGAAGAAGAGAGAGAAAGAAAGAGGAGAGAGAAAAAUUAGACUUCUUGUUUUUUCCUUUUUCUUCUUCUUCCUCCUCUUCUCCAAAUUAUUAUGUUUUUUUUGGCACCAGCACCCCCUCAAUAUACAAUCUUCAUUUUCUUUUUUUGAUCUUCAAUACAUUAUGGGUAUUGUUGUUUUACAUCUAUAAUAAUAACGGAAAAAAAAGAAAGAAAAAACAAAAGGAGUAUAUAAUUUCAAGCUUCUAACUUUUUAUUUGGAUUUAGCACUGUGAUGGGGGGUGGGAUCACAAAUCAAGAUUUGGCUUUUUCUUCCAAAUCCAUGGACACUUCUAAAUUGAAGAAAAGGCUUUAUCAAGUUUGGAAGGGUCGAAAUAAAUUUCUAUGUGGAGGAAGAUUGAUCUUUGGUCCUGAUGCAGCAUCACUGUACUUAUCGACGUUUCUGAUAGGGGCUCCUGCAUUGACAUUUUGCAUAAAAAUGCUAUUCAUGAUACCAAAAGUCAGUCCAAUAUAUGGUCAUGUUGUACUAAUUUUGGGACUCAUCAUCACAGUUUUGGCGUUGAGUUUUCUCUUCAUGACAUCUUCAAGCAAUCCAGGAAUAGUUCCUAGGAACUCGCGGCCACCUGACUUGGAUGAAAUAUUGAAUGCAAGUUCAGCAUCUAUGGAGUGGGUAGGCAAUGCAGCCCCUGAUGUGAAGUUACCAAGAACAAAGGACCUUUUUAUCAACGGUCAUUCAGUAAAAGUCAAGUUUUGUGACACAUGUUUGCUCUAUCGUCCACCACGUGCUUCUCAUUGCUCGAUUUGUAACAACUGUGUUCAGAGAUUUGAUCACCACUGUCCAUGGGUGGGUCAGUGUAUUGGAGUUCGUAAUUAUCGGUGUUUUUUCCUUUUCAUUACAUCAACAACAACUUUGUGCAUAUAUGUGUUCACAUUUUCACUGCUGAACCUUCUUGGACAACCAGGGAGCUUUUUGCAUGCCAUGUCAACAGAUAUUGUAUCUGUGGUUUUGAUAUGCUAUUGCUUCAUAGCUGUAUGGUUUGUCGGAGGUCUAAGCGUCUUCCAUUUUUACCUAAUGUCAACCAACCAGACAACAUAUGAAAACUUCAGAUAUCGUUAUGAAAAGAAAGAGAACCCAUACAGCCGUGGCAUUUUGAAGAAUCUCAGGGAAAUCUUAUGCUCUAAGAUCCCAGUUUCAUUGGUCAACUUUCGCGAGUGGGUGAUUGAAGAAGACGAUGCAAGUAUGAGAUCCAUGUCCAUGAGUCAUAGAUUUGGUUCAAUCAACUCCAAAGGGAAGUUUGAUUUAGAGAUGGGAGGCAUACUCGGAAAGGAUGCUAAUUUCCAAGUGGAUUAUGGUGGCAUUGAUGAAUCUUUGAAGAAGACGAAAAACGAUAAUGCUAAUCUUGAUCCUCUUUUCUUUCCUGAUGAUCAAGAUGCAGAGUCAACACAUUCAAAUGAGCAAAGAACAGUCGAAGAUGGCAGAACUGAAGAAGACAGCAACCACGGAUCUUCAUAGCAGUUCUUCAUAGAUAAAAGGUCAAGCUAAUGAACGAUAGCUUAUCGACUUACAUUAUGUUGGAUGGGAUCAUCAGAUGUCGAUUUUGCAAAGGCUGAAAAGAGUAGUCGGCUUCUUUUUAUGUCUUCAAAUUACAGCAACUCUUUUGGUACAUAAAAAAAUGAAAUAUAGAGUGGGAAAAGGAGCUAAAUGAGGCUACUGAUCUCUUGUACAGUAUUAUAUAAUUUUUAUCUUCUUUUCAACUUGUCUCCUUUUCUUCA